GCGGCAGUACAGGCUGGUGGGAGCCCGAUGUGGCAGAGGGGCCUCCGCCGCGGACAGGGAGGCAGAGGGUCCGCAAGCAUAGUGCUGGAGACACAGCCGCUAUCCUGUUCGCCUGCCCCGCCGCCCUCCUAGGCACGCUCCUCGCCUACGGAUUCCCCCCCUCACCUCUCGAAAGCUCCCAGCUCAGCGUCUGCUGACCCUCUUACCCCCCCACCAGCCAUCCCCUCACCCCCUGCGAAGGCAGGAGCUAAAGUGUCCGAUUUGGGCACAUGAAGCCCGCGACCCCCGGACUUGGGGAGUCUGUGCCACCUGGCAUGGACAGCGUUGGACGCCAGGCGAGAUGAAUAGGGGGAUGCCCCCUAUUAUUUUGACCCUAACCGCAACUCCCUUGCUCUUGCGUAGCUGGAGCGAACUGGGAGGAAGGUUUCUGCAGGCACGCGCCAGAAUGCCUUGAUUGCCAGCUUUCCGGUGUAGCUUUUGGGAAAACUUAGGCGUGGGUGCACAGAGUGCACUAAUUAGGAGACAGAGCUCACCGUGUCAUGCAUUGAAUUUAUUUUUUCUUAAUUUCCUUUCUUGGCCUGCCUCGCUACUGUGCUCCUCCCAGGCAUGAAGACCCCUUUCGAAAAUGCGGCUGCAGGGCAGCGGUCCAGAACAGGCGCAAGACAUGCCAGUGUGCCUGUUAGCAUGAUGAAGAGAAAGGCUGCACACAAGAAGCAUAGGAGCCAACCCACCUCCCAGCCUCAGAGGAACAUUGUGGGCUGCAGAAUUCAGCACUGGUGGAAAGAUGGAGAUGAACCUCUAACACAGUGGAAGGGAACCAUUCUGGAUCAGCUCUUAGAUGAUUAUAAAGACGGUGACCUACGCAUCCUUCCUGAUUCCAAUGAUUCUCCUCCUGCAGAGAGGGAGCCAGGAGAAGUCAUAGACAGCCUAGUAGGCAAACAGGUGGAAUAUGCCAAAGAUGAUGGCUCCAAGAGAACUGGCAUGGUCAUUCAUCAGGUAGAAGCAAAACCUUCUGUAUACUUCAUAAAAUUUGAUGACGAUUUCCAUAUUUAUGUCUACGAUUUGGUAAAAACAUCUUAGAGGUCAUCUUGAAACUUGCUGAAUAUGUGAGACUAUUUGUAAAAUCUGUUCACACAGUCUUGAUUGCUUUCCAAUUUUUAAGAACCAUCUUCUCCCUUUCUGCACGCUUUUGCCUGGCAAAAAAACACAAAAACAAAAACAAAAAAAAUCAAACAAACUUCUACCCUGUCAUUUUGGAAGAAACGUUUUGCCAUUCUCUAACCUUUUUACUGGUUCCUUCCCACAGGAGAAUGAUUGAUUUAUCUAAUUAGUGAUAAGGGUAAAGUCUAACAUCCAUUGGCCCAUAUGUUUAUGUUGGGUGGUGUUGAUAGGUUAAAUGUAGCUGAACACUUGUUGCCUCAUUCUUUGGGGCACUUGGACUCUCUGUACUCAUUGAACUGGGAAUCUUCCUGAGAUAUUCAGUGUGACUGGAUGGGUAAGUGUCUUUGCAACUUCAAUUCUUCCCCCCAGAUAGCUUCAGAAGUCCAAUUUGGGGAAGAGUGGGAAGCCCAUUUUAUCUCCUGUCCAAUUGCAUUUUCAAUUCUAACUGUACUAAAAGUAAGACUAACACUUUUCUCCCUUUCUGAUUCUUACACCUAUAUUGCUCAACUUGUUUCAAAAUCAAGAGGGUAAUUACUUCUCAUUUUCAUACAUAAGCAUAGGCUGAGAAUCUUAUGAAAUUGAUAAGAGGGCAAACAUUUGGGAACCAAAGACCAAGUGGAGAAAUCAAGGUUGGUCAUCAUUGGCAUUAGGGUCUCUGUUGUCUUCAGUAUCUCUGGCUAGUACCUGAAGAUAUGGAGUGGGGUUUUUUAAAUUAUUUUUUUUGGUUACAGUUGACAUUCAAUAUUAUUUUAUAUUAGUUUCAAGUGUACAGCAUAGUGGUUAGACAUUUGCAUAAUUUAUGCAGCAAUCCCACCAAUUUGUCUAGUACCACCUGGCACACAUAGUUGUUGCAACAUUAUUGACUAUAUUCUCUAUGCUGUACUUUACAUCCCCAGGAGUGGGUAUUAACAGACGCAGGCUGUGCAGGCAGACUUUAACACAAGUGAGCUUUGCCAACCCAAUGGAGCAUUAAGCCAGGCUCUAGCUAGAGUUCUCAGUCACAGGGUAAAGCCUGGGUUUAGCAAGGGUUGUCAGGUCGGUCCAUGACCUCAAAAUGAAAGAACAAAAAUCUGAAAUCAGGCUGAGGUACAGAUUUCUUUUCUAUACCAAGAGAGACCCUGAGAAAUUUUAGAUGAGGUUUUAGAUUUGAUUCUUUGAGGACUUCCGAGUCCCAGCAGAUGAGGUAGACAAGGCACUUGCCAAAAUAAAGGCUGAAAAUAGGGUUUGCGCCCUUGUAGGAACUGGUGGCACAUCUAUUAUGGUAUCCUAGCAGAGCUGUGGAACACAGAAUGGAAUCAGUGCUAGAUGGUCAGUAGGCUUAAUGAUGUUUUAAGUGCUUUAUGCUGGCAUUAACAGAUGGAAAUCUAGUAGAUGCUUGUUAAUGCUUUGUUUUUCAAGUUUAUCCUGUUUGUUGGCUGGUCCUAAGAUACUCAUAUGUGCAAAUAAGGGUGAGCCCUACUGUAGCAGAAAAAUAAGGAAUGGAAUGGAAAUUGUACCUUCCAUUAUUGAAGGCAUUGGUGAAGGUUAACCAAAGCCUAAGAAAGAAUGUUUGAAAAAUAAGUAAGGUUUUGGAGAGAAGCACCUGGCAAAAGCCAAUGCUUUCUCAUUGGGUUUCUGUAGAAGCUCCAUUAGCAGUACCAGGCAGGCUUUGGAGUUCUGCAGAUUUGGGGCUGGGAUGCAUGGCAAUACAAUCAAACACUUGGGAAAGAUCUCCCAAAUUAGUUUAAGUUCACAGGUCAUGGAUUCCAGACUGCUUGCACAGACAGACUGGCAUCCUGCUGAGGAUGAAACCAAGAAAACAUUCUUUCCUCUGAUGUUUUCCCUGUCUACUUUUCUUCCUUUUGAUACCACUAAGUCUCUGCUCAGCUAUUUGACUGAAAACAGCAAUGUAGGUUUGUAUUACCCUAUGUACUAAGUCCUGGGGAUAUCAAUUUGCUUGGGAUAUCUGUUCUAGUGGCUGAGAAUUAGUGUGCUUUCCAAUGUUUUGGAUAUGAGAAUGAUACUGUAAUAAUCUCUUGUCCUAUUGAUACCAUGGACUCUUAAAAAUCUAAAACACGCAGCAGUGGGGUUAGAUUAAUUCAGCUCCUAAAGUCUUGGGGGAACUACACCAAAUCAAGUGGAAGACAGCCCAGGCUGCAGCUGCUGAAGGAACUCCAUAUCUGUCCAGACAUCUUUGUUUUGUAUGGCUAAAAUGAGAAAAACAAGAAAUUGGGAAAGGCAAAAUUUUGGACUUUAAUUCCUUUGUAGUUUAAAAUAGAAAUUUAACUUGCAGCAUUCAUUUCUCCCUUGGCGUUUAAUAGUUGGUGUGGGUUUCAUAUAGUUCAAAUUGAGGAAUUUUCAUUAUGUUGUUGAUAUUGUAAUUUUUGGAAUAUUUAAAUGUGCUAUCUUUGGGGAUCAUUGUGUAACCUUUGUAAGCUGCAUCAUAUAGUGUGUCUGGACAUAAUUGUAAAUUUGGGGUAAAAUGGUGAGUGAAUUUCCAGCCUGGGGUAUAACGUGGCCUUGGAAUUGAUUUAAUUUCUGUUCUAUUCUAACUUAUUUCAGAGUCUUCUAGGGUCAAAAACAGAACUGUUCACCAGUCUUGCACAGGUGGAAGCAGGACAUUCCUAAGAUACUGCUGGUCUCCCAUGAAGGGGACAUCCAAGUUCUCUUUGUUAACCAUGGUUUUGGGUGUUGACCAUUGUGGCUUAAGAGAACAAAAAUUGCCAAGGGUGUGAUGGGAUCAGUCUUCUGCCUCUCCAUGUUCCUGACUCAAGAAAAAAAAAUAAAGGAUUUCACUUCUCAAAAAUAUUUGGAAGAAAACCUCUACCCAUCUCCACUUGCCACUCAUUCAGUCUUCCAUAUGGGAAGAGGAAUAAAUAACUUGGUAAAAUUGAGACAGGGUUAUUAUGGGUAAGCACCCUAGGCCCCUCUUGACUCUCGAGCUCAUUCCUCACAGCAAAAUAUGGGAAAGACUGCAGCCCUUCACUACAUGGCUGGGUAAACGUCCUCUUUAAACUUGGGGUAGAAGUUCAUUUCAGACUCAGAUCUAAACCAUGUUAUCCAGUCUAGAUCUAUCAGCAAUAAAGCUGAUCUCUGUUUUUAUUCUUUUU